AUGUGUUAUGGAUCAGAGGCUGAGAAUAAGUAUGGGCAGUAUGUCUACUGGAGGAUAAACUACCUGUUUCUUCAGUGUCUGUUAGGGGCAGAUGGGAAGUCAUAUGGCUGUUACCUCGGUCUCUCAGUGGAGGUGGAGGAGCUGACUUCAUUCCCAAGGACUGAGGGUGUGUGUGUGUGUGUGUGUGUGUGUGUGUGUGUGUGCAGGCAGUACCUGAAGGCUGUGUACAGGCAGUACACGGACGGCUCCUUCUCCAGCGAGGCCCCCCGACCCGCCUGGCUGGGCUUUCUGGGCCCCGUCAUCCGGGCGCAGGUUGAUGAUGUCAUCGUGGUGCACCUGAAGAACUUCGCCCGCCGGCCUUACUCCAUACACCCACACGGGCUCUUCUACAAGAAGGACUCAGAAGGUGCUCUUUACCCUGAUAACACCACGGCUGAGUUGAAGGCUGAUGAUGCAGUUCCACCAGGCCUGAGCCACACCUACACGUGGAUCGUCCAAUCAGAGUCCGCCCCUGCUGAGGGUGACGCCCCCUGCCUCAGUUGGGCCUAUCACUCGCAUGUCGAAGCCCCCAAGGACAUUGCAUCAGGACUCAUAGGACCACUACUAACCUGCAGAAAAGGGGUCCUGCUGGAGGAUGGUUCUGACCCAAAGCGUUCUGACGUAGAGGCAGAGUUCUUCCUCAUGUUCAGUGUGGUGGAUGAGAACCUCAGCUGGUACUAUCAGGAGAACCUUGAGGAGAACCAGUUCCAUCCAGAUACAGAGGAGGACCUCCACAUGCACUCCAUAAAUGGGUACAUGUUCGGCUCUCUGCCGGGCCUGCGUGUGUGUCGGGGUGCCCGUGUGGCCUGGCAUAUUCUGGGCAUGGGCAAUGAGGUGGACGUUCACUCCGCCCACUUCUAUGGACACACCCUCUUGGAGCGCGGCCACCGCCGUGAUGUCAUCAGUGUCUUCCCUGCCACCUUCACCACGGCAACCAUGAUUCCCACGACGACGGGCAAAUGGAUGCUAAGCUGCCAGGUCAAUGAUCACAUAGAAGCUGGCAUGCGGGCGUUCUACCAGGUGGACACCUGCGGAUCUGAGGCUUCCGUCUCCAUGGAAACGAGCGAGAAGACGAGGAAGACGAGGCGUUAUUUCAUCAGCGCCGAAGAGCAGGAGUGGGACUAUGGACCGGCAGGGGUCGACAACUUCACACACACACCCCUCACCCAACCUGACAGUGACUCUGAGGUGUAUUUUGGGAAGGGGGGCGGGGCCUUGGGUGGGUAUUACCUGAAGACUCGCUAUGUGGCCUACACUGAUGACACGUUCACCGAGCGCCAAGAGACACGCCCCUCUGACACACACCUUGGCAUUCUGGGGCCAGUGAUGUCUGCUGAGACUGGAGACUCCAUUGUGGUGAUAUUCUUCAACAACGCCACCAGAAACUACAGCAUCCAACCGCACGGCCUGCAGUACGACAAACCAUACGAGGGAGCAGAAUACCAGGAUGGUGUAGUUAGGGGCGGGGCUUCUGUAGCUCCAGGAAGUCGAUUCACCUAUCGGUGGAAAGUACUGGAAGGCCCCUCCCCCUCCGACCCCCCCUGUCAAUCCUUCCUGUAUUACUCCGCCCACAAUCCUGUUUGCGAUACCAACUCUGGCCUGGUGGGGGCGCUCAAGAUCUGCAGGAGAGGAGAGCUGGACCAGGAGGACAAGCAGAUGGGGGUGGAUAAGGAGUUCUUUCUGCUGUUUGGGAUAUUCGAUGAGAAUCUGAGCUGGUAUCUUCCUGAAAACAUCCGUCGCUAUGGGGAUGAAAGCAGCGAACUGAAGAAGCAUGACUUUGAGUUCAAAGAGAGCAACAAGAUGCACGCGGUAAACGGGCUGAUGUUUGGGAACCUGAGGGGUCUGGAUGUGUGUGUCGGGGACCGUGUUGUUUGGCACACACUCGGCCUCGGCAGUGAGGUGGAUCUUCACGGCGUUUAUUUCCAAGGCAACGUCUUCCGUCGAGGCAACAACACACGUGACACACUCAACCUGUUCCCUCACACCAGUGUCACUGUCGCCAUGACGACACACAACAUUGGUGUGUUUUCGGUGAGCUGUCGGACGACGGAUCAUUUCGUCGCCGGAAUGAAACAGAAGUACACCGUACGCCCGUGUGGCUCACACACACCCUCAAACACACCCUCACACACACCCAGCGUGCACUACUUCCUGUCUGCAGAGGAAGUGGAGUGGGAUUACGCCCCCGACAGAAAAUGGGAGCUGGAGAAACACAACAGCACUGCAGAGGACAGCCAUGGCAGUAUAUUCCUGGAGAAGGGAGAGCAGCGGAUUGGCUCCUGCUAUAAGAAGGUGGUGUUCCGUCAGUACAGCGACGCCUCCUUCACCACACGCUCACCAAUCACACGCCAGGACACACACCUGGGCAUUCUGGGGCCUAUUCUGAGAGCGCAGGUAGGAGAGAUGGUGUCGGUGACCUUUAAGAACAUGGCCAAUCGCCACUACUCACUCCACGCGCAUGGGGUGGAGUCUGAGCUCAUGGACCAAUCAGCAGCAGCUCCUGGCGAGAUCAGGAAGUACCUGUGGAAUGUUCCGGAAAGAGUCGGCCCCGGACCCUCAGAUCCUAACUGCAUCACCUACGCCUACUACUCCACCGCCGACUACGUCAGGGAUCUGGCCAGUGGUCUGGUCGGGCCGUUGGUAGUGUGUCGGCGCGGGGUGCUGGAUGCCAGGCGUCGCCGUAGCGACGUGAAUCGUGAGUUUGCCCUCCUCUUCAUGGUCUUCGACGAGAACGAGUCGUGGUACCUUCAGGAGAACAUCAACACACACAUCAGCGCACACACACACCUGGACACCAGCGAUCCAGAGUUCAUGGAGAGCAACAUGAUGCACAGCAUUAACGGCAGGCUCUAUGGAACUCUCCCUGGGCUGGAGAUGGAUGAGGGCGAUCGGACUGACUGGUACCUGCUGGGUUUGGGCAACGAAGUGGACAUGCACACUGUACACUUCCAUGGGCACACAUUCACAUACCAGGAGGCCCACACACACCGUGCAGACGUCUUUGAUCUUUUCCCCGGAACCUUCCAGACCGUGUCACUGACCGCAAAGCAUGCUGGGACAUGGCUACUGCACUGCCACGUUACCGACCACAUACACGCUGGGAUGGAGGCCACUUACACUAUACACGCAGGAAGGAACAGAGGACACACCGAUGCAGAGACAAGCACAGGAAGGAACAGAGGACACACCGAUGCAGAGACAAGCACAGCCCCAGGUACCACACCUCCUGUAACUACACCCUUUGUUGCUAUGGUGACUGUGGUGAUGUCAUUGGUCAUGCAGCUUCUCACCGUGUAGCAAAUGAAAGAACCAAUCAGAGGGCAGAGAUGGCGUGGAGCACCAGGACCAUUACAAGUUCAGAGUACUUCAAACUUU